AUGACGUCAUGCGGACGUUCCUAGUAUACUUUCGGCUUAUUAAGCAGAUCUUGCCACACCAUUCCACAGAUGUGGAUCAGAUCAACAGAAUGUGCGCGCGAUCUUUUCCCUUUUUGAAAUGACACGACAAGACGUCGCUUGUUGGCACAGUUCAGAGGGUACAUAAGUCUGUAUUAGCGAGUGAAGAAUUAUGAAGAAAAUGUUGCUGUUUUUUAUCGUCUCGUUAAGUUUAAAUGCUGUGUUUGGUGAAGAAGUUUCAGUGCUGGAGGGAAAUGUAGUCUCAUUUAACACUGAAGUUACUGACAUACGUAAAGUUUAUCUGAUUUGGUUGUAUAGAGGUGCUAUUAUAGCUAAAAUGAAUGAAGGAAAUAUUAAUUUGUAUGAUACUGAUGAUGGGAUAUUUGAAGACAGACUUCAGUUGGACAAUCAGACUGGAUCUCUCACUAUCAACGAUAUCAGAACCAAACACGCUGGACUUUAUCAACAAAAAAUCAUCACCAAUGAAACCUUCAUCAAAACAUUCAGUCUUACAGUACAAAAUGUGUUUUUUGCUGGAGUAGAAAACAAAAGAGAAGGAGAUUCGGUCACAUUGAACACCGGAGUGACUGAAAUAAAGAAAUACAAUAAAAUGAAGUGGAUGUUUGGACCUUCAAAUCCAGACAUCCGUCUUGCUGAAAUCAUCAUAAAUGAUAACGUCUCAUAUGAUUUUGAUGAGAGAUACAGAGACAGACUUCAUGUGGAUCAUCAGACCGGAUCUCUCACCAUCAGAGAUCUCAAAACUACAAACACAGGAGUUUAUCAACUACAGAUCUCCAACAGCAAAGAGACCAUAUACAAGAGAUACAAUGUGUUUGUGGCCGCUGCAGAACCAGGACUGUCUGCAUUAUAUAUAGGACUGAUAUGUGCUGCUGUCCUGUUGCCUAUACUGGCAGUUAUAAUACUAGCUGUGGCCAUUCAAUAUUGUUGUAAAUACUCUCAUCUAAAAGAUGAAAUGAAGACCAUGUCAGUGAAUGAGGAAAAUUCUGCCACCCCAGUGGACACAAUAAAUGUCACAGAAGGAGAGUCUGUCGAACUACCGAGCGGCAUUUCUGAACUACAGGAUGAUGAUCAGAUACAGUGGAGAUCUGAAGCUAAAGAUGCCAUCAUAGCUGUAAGAAAUGGAAAGACUGAUGAAAACUGUGAGAUAUUCAAAAACAGACUGAAGCUGAACCAUCAGACCGGAUCUCUCACCAUCACAAACAUUAAACACUCAGACUCUGGAGUUUAUGAACUACAGAUUAAGAACAAAAAUCCAACUUCAUACAAGAAAUUCAAUGUUUUCGUCUGGUUUAAUACAUUAAAACAUGCAGUGGGUGAUUCUGUCACUUUACACACUCGAGUCUCGGAGUUAAAGGAAGAUCAUCAGAUACUGUGGACGUUUGGAGAUAAAAACACUCGUAUAGCUGAAAUCAACCAAGCCAGCGGUAAGACUCAGAUGAUUGUAUAUGAUGGUAAUGAUGAGAGAUUCAUAGACAGACUGACACUAAAUGAAAUGAAUGGAGAUCUGACCAUCACAAACAUCAUGAGAGGACAUUCAGAUGUUUAUAAACUGCAGAUCAACAGCAGAUCCGACAGCACCUACAGGAGUUUCAUGCUUAUCGUAAACGAGAAAUGGACAGAAAUGUCAGUGAUGGAGGGAGAAUCUCUCACACUACCCACUGAUCUUACUGACAUACAGAAUGAUGAUCUGAUAUUGUGGAUGUUUGGACCUGAAGAGAAUCUCAUAGCUAAACUUCAUAAGAAAAAUAAGUUGCUACAUUUUGUAAUUGAUGAGAAGAAGUUUUAUGAUGUUCCUGAUGAGAGAUUCAAAGACAAACUACAGCUGAAUGAGAACGGAUCUCUCACCAUCACAGGCAUUACCAGUAAACACACAGGACUUUAUAAACUACAGAUCAUCAGUAACGGAGAAAACAGAUUUAAGAAAUUCAGAGUUUCUCUUUGUGCUAAUAGAGAAACAGAUGGUGCUGAAGAUCUUAAAGAGGUGGUGUCAGAGGGGAUUCCUUUACUUCCCAUACAAACCUCACAACAGCAGAAGUAGUACUGUAUAUUGUCUGUUUAUUCAACAUUAUUUGAAAUGCACACUUGUUAUACAACAGAGAACUUUUAACCCUUUCAUUCAUUUGCCUGUAUACUGUAAUCAAAAUAUUAAAUUCAUGUCAUAUGAAGAUUAAAAGUUUGUAACAGAAACUAAGUUUUUCUAAGAGAAAAAAGUGUAAACCCUGAAUUCUAGUGAACUGGAUUGUGUUUUUGUUGUAAAUUCUCAUAAUUUUAAAGCUGUUUUUCACUGUUAAAAAGUAACAAAAAUAUCUCCUUACUUUACCCAAUGGUAAAAAGUCAUUAAUUUGGUGUGAUUGUGUGACAUUUGUAAACACAAAGAAGAUGACCUUGGUACUUCAUUGCAUAUAUUUUGUAGCUUGUUUAUGCAACAGUUGCAAACGGGUCUUCUAGAUAGCAGCGCUUAAUCUGUAAAGUUUUGUGAACAUUGUGUGAAUAUAUAAAUGUAUUACUUUUAAGAAAUGAUCUGAUGUUAAAAGAGUGAUAGCUUAUCAGCAGGGAACAAAUGUGAACAAAUUAUUACAUUGCCGCUUUAACUAUAUCUAUUUUGCUUUGUGAACAUGAUUUUCAUAUUGAAAGUCACAUGUAGCUUACAUUAUUUAAACAAAGUGUUGUUUGUGAAAAGGGACUUUUGUACUCGUAUUGUAUGUUGUUAUAUAAAUACUGUAUGGACCUCCAGUAUAUUUUAUAUUUAUAUUCAUUUGUUGUGUGUUAUCAUCAUAGAGGUGCUGUUCUCAGGUCAGUGUCUGUAUAGAAUGCAUGUUUUUUUUAUUAAAUGAAUUAAU